CUGUAAUUGAAUAGAUCCGAAUCAGCAACCUCUCACAGCCCAAAUCCUCUGCUGGUUCCCACCCCUGAUGAAACCUUAAUUGCCCCCUAACUGAACGUGAUUUCUGCUGGGGCUGGUUGACAGUCUUACUGGUGUGGAGCCAACUCUGGAAGACCCCUCCAGGCCAGCUUCUCGUCUGCAUGCGAGCUGAUUCAUAGUGAAGAAGAAGUAAAUCACGGCUUCAUUGGCAAAUGCAUCUCGGCUACAGCGUCACAACAUCCACAGCGAGAUCUGAUUACAGCGGCUGGAUGGAAGGUGGUGAUAUUAAGUGGCAGACUGUCAGCAAGGGCCAUAAGCCACAGGAGCUGCAGAUAAGAUGCUGCCCUGUGUGUCUCUGGAGAUCGUUCAUAGGACCUGGACUUUGAAGGCACUGGCUUUCAAGUUGGCAUAAGGAGACAACAGCACAAAGUCAAGGCUGGUAAUGAAACACUACGGCGCAAUGGAAGAGUAUCAGGGAGGCUGCAGCCCUACCGUAGGCAGCCUUCCUGGAGAAAUUCUUACUGAACUUUCAUUUCCUACUACAUCACUUCACCCCCCCCCACCAUAAUUAAAUGAGCUUCCAGAAAUGUUUAUAAGUACAGACUGACAGGAAUGAUAUUCGUAAAACUUCACUAAAACCUCCAAAAAUACUAAAUCAACCUUUCAGUUUCCAAUCAGCUCUGGUCAUGUUGAUCACAGUGCUGCAGUUAUUUCACCCGAAAAGCCCAUUUUUAGACCAUGGCUUAGACCCCUAACAAACUCACCACAGUUCCUGUGUAAAAGUGUCUCAGAGAGGGCCUUUAUGCCCAGGCUAACCCACGCUACGCAACAGAACUCCACUUCACUGUUUCACGCAUCAAAUGUUGCUAAAAAGAGAAAGAAGUGUGAUCUCCGAGCCAUCCUGUCAUCACGUCAGCAGGAAAAUGUUUGUUUCUUUUCUCAGAAAAUUUUCAUUAGCUAGAUUACGUCUGUCAGUUUGAAACGGCCUGACUUUUGGCUUGUCAGCAAUUUCCAAUUAUGUCUUUUCUGAAAACCUACAGAAUUGUCAGCUCUGCUUUUAAAGUUGACCUUCUGUUGGCAGCAUAGGGUUCAUCUCUAACACCCCCCCCCCUUCAUGAAUAUCCUAUCAGUGAGAAGCUGGGUGUCUCUAGAGGUGUUAUGUCCUUCACAAAGACCUAGUUCAGCCAGCCUUGGGUGGGCCCCAUGACCCCUUGGCAAAACAACAGGUUCAUUCUCUGUUCCUCUGCUGACCUCAUGGUCUUUUUGCACGGGGAAAAUCCAGAGUCGCUCCGUGCUGAAUGGCAGCGCGACGUGGCUCAUCCUACCGCCGUCCAGGAGAGCCUUCACGCCCCGUAAAUAUGAGUAUGGAUUCGGACACGUUGUCCGUGAAGCAGCCGCCGGCGGAUUUCACCAGUGCGGCCGGCGCAGCCCAUGGAGACCCAGCUUGGCUGAGGGAGGUGCCGCCCCCGGACCAAGGUGCUGCCAAGAUCACAGCUCAGAAGUGGGUAGGAGUUUUGGCUGCUGUCUGUGCAGUUGGGCUGCUGGGCGGUAUUGCUGUUGGAAUGUGGUUUCUAGCAGUUGAAGGGCUUCUCAGGACUGACACAGGUCAGACCCCGACUGGACUGGGGAAUGCUAAGGAGACAUCCUUCUGCAAUGUGACGGAGGACAUCUCCACGGCAGACACCAGGAAAGUGUUUUACAGAAUCAGCCCGGAGAACUCCCUCCUGGAGAUCCAGCUGGAGGAGCUGCAGGCCUGGCUGCCCGCCUGCUACGAGAGCUUUAACGCCUCCCUGGGGACGCUGGUGUGCCGGCGCCUGGGCUACCUGAGGUUAACCAAACACAAAGGUGUCAACUUGGGGGACAUCAGACCCAAAUACACACACGGCUUUCUGCAGAUUACCCCCGAGUAUAAAAACAGUCUGGAGAAAAUUUGGCGAUUCAGUGAGAGCUGCAUAUCUGGCAAGAUCAUAGCCUUGAAAUGCUUUGAGUGUGGGACAUACUCCAAUUUGCCAAGGAUUGUCGGGGGGCAUGAGGCCCCGCUGGGCAGAUGGCCCUGGCUGGUCAGCCUCUACUACAAUGAACAGCACAGCUGCGGAGGGUCCAUCAUCACCAGCCUGUGGGUGCUGACUGCCGCACACUGUGUGCACGUGCUCCCUCAGGUUGCCGGAUGGGUUGUGUACGCCGGCAUGGUGACCCGAAGCUCAGGCAGGCUGUCCCAGCACACCGGACACUUAGUGGAGAAGAUUAUCUGGAACAAGAACUACAACCACAGGACUCAUGACAGCGAUGUUGCCCUGAUGAAACUGAAGAUGCCGCUGAAUUUUACAGACACCGUGAGGCCGGUGUGUCUUCCCCGGUAUGAGCAGGAGUUUCCCGGGGGCACGCAGUGCUGGGUCUCAGGCUGGGGCCACACCAGCCCAGAUGAUGUUCAUAUCCCCGACACUCUUAAGGAGGCCAUGGUGCCCCUAAUUAGCAUGAAGAAGUGCAACAGCUCCUGCAUGUACAAUGGUGAGAUCACUCCCAGAAUGCUGUGCGCCGGAUACGCAGAAGGCAAGGUGGACACGUGCCAGGGGGACAGCGGGGGGCCGCUGGUGUGCCAAGAAGAAGGCAUGUGGAGGCUCGUGGGCGUCAUCAGCUGGGGGACAGGCUGUGCUGAACCGAACCAGCCCGGCGUCUAUAGCAAGGUGGUCGAGUUCCUGGACUGGAUAUACAACAUCAUGGAGAGUCACUGAAGAGGACAUCGGCAGCACUCGCAGACCUCGGCGAGGACUGUUGUUCCAAAGCUAUAAUCUUGCCAGAAAAGCAGGUCUCAAAUAGGAAAAAGAAUGAAACAGAAAAUUAUGGACAUUCUAUCAGACUAAGUUUUUUUAAACUUUUUUUUUACAUAAUACAACAAAACAUACCUGAAUUGACACAUAUUGUCCAGACUGUUUUUAUCCUGGAGGGUAACCUGCAGAAACCCGUGUGCGUAUUUUCAGUCUAAUGUUCCAUAGGCUGACGCCUUUCUGUUUGGUUAAUCUAAAAAGCCUGAGUUUCUAAAUGAAACAGAUCAUAUGAAAUAAACAGUGGUGCUGGAUAUAGCGGCUCCCUGUUGGUUCUGGAAAGCACUUUGGGUGUCUCGAAAAGAGCUAUAACAUUCGUUACUUUCAUUCAGUAAGAUUACUUCCCAAUGAUAAUGAUCGCAGUCCAGUGCUGCCGACUUAUGGUAGCACAUACUGUUUGUCAUUCAUGGAGAGAUUAGUUCAGUGAAUCCUGGCUCCCGAACAUGCAAAACUUUCGCUCCCCAGGUCAGAUCCCCUACCCCCCGCAGCUUAUAUGCAUAUGUUUGCAUUUCUGUAUCGUAUUACAUUCGUACGCAGCGAUGCUUUUUCUGAAACAUCGUUUUCCAUGUCAGAGUCACUGAAGAGGACAUCGCCAGCACACGCAGACCUCGGUGAGGACGGUUGGUUUUUGUGUUCGAUUCAGCAGAACGUGUUUGAGUUCGUGGUGGUGUCACCCCGCUGAGACAGAGAGGUUUUCUCGGGACAGACGGUGUCAGGUGACCCAAGAAGCAAAAACUACACUCUGAUCAAGACCGAUGCACCAAACCAAAACAAAUUACCCUAAAUUAGCAACUGCAAUUUCCUGUAAUCAUUUCUAUUCAUGAAUCACUGAUCUCAUCAUGUCCAGCCUCGGUGCUAUAAUUGUGGGACAGAUAUGCAAGGAAUUUCCUGAAGUUCAUUAAAGGCAGAAAAAUGUGGAUUUUCCUAUCAUGCCCGCAUCGAGCCAUACCCACGUGGGUCACCCGAUUACCUGUAGCUUAUCCACCUGCACUCUUCUUACCUAUCUAAAUUAUUUGUUCUUUAAUGUGGUUUUGGCUUCCGACUCCUGUUUGUUCCGGUGGUUUUCUUGAUUUUCGGUUCGCAUUUUGGAUUAUUUGCCCCGCAUAUGUACAGUACUGAUACGCCAGCAGUGAAAUGAAAUUGUCGGCACUCCAGACUGCGCGCCCCCGCUUGGAUCCUCUUCCCGUCCAGUCAUUACACUUGUUUUGUAUUUCCUGUGAAAAGAUCCUAGUUGUGGUGAUAUUUUAUUUUCAACUGUUAUGAAUGUAUUUAUGAUUCUUUUAUAUUUCAUUGUAACUGUGAAGACACAGGUCAUUUAAUAAUAAUCAAAUAUAUUUGAAAAAUAUUGGUCAAAUAUCCUGAUACAUUUUAGGAUUAGAGAAACAAAAUUUUCAAGAAUUUUUCUCUGGGAUCAAAUUUGUUAUCCUCUCUUAUCAUCUGGCUGUACGUGCACAAGUAUAAAUGCUGUCUUUCCUAUUUAACUAAUAA